AUGAGCUGCCUGGAUGUGAUGUACCAAGUGUUUGGUCCUCAGCCUUAUUUCAGCUCCUACAGCCCCUAUCACCACCAGAAGUUGGCCUUGUAUUCCAAAAUGCAAGACCACCAGGACAGCGGAAGCCGGCUUGGCCCCCCGGCGAUCAAAGAGGAGGACAAGGAGCUGCCGCCCGGUGCCGAGUACCUGAGUUCCCGCUGUGUCCUCUUCACUUACUUCCAGGGCGAUAUCAGCGCGGUGGUGGAUGAACACUUCAGCCGAGCUCUCAGCCAGACGAGUGCAUACCCCGCGUCGAGCAGCCACAAGGCCGUAAGAGAUGGAUCCUUUCCUAUGAGCCAGAGAAGUUUCCCUCCGUCUUUCUGGAACAGUUCCUACCAGCCGUCAGUCUCCUCCACACUGGGCAGCGCUCUGUCUGCUCCCCACACAGAGCUCUCCUUUCCAGGUGACCCUUACUCCUCUGCCUCCCUGCACAGCCACCUCCACCAGCCCAGCCCCGAUGCCUGGCACCCAUCCCACCACCACCACCAUCACCACCAUCAUCCUUACUCGCUAGGAGGUGCUAUAAGCACCCAGAGCUCAGCUUACCCACGUCCAGGUGUUCACGAGAUGUACGGCACAGCGUUCGACCCACGCUACGGCUCGCUGCUGGUGCCGUCAGUGAGGUCGCACCACCGCCUGACAUCCGGCAGCUCGGUACCGGGGCCCAGUGGCUCUCCCUGUGACCUCGGGGGUAAAGGGGAAUCGGGGACGGGGUCGGCCUGGAGCGGUGCCUUCACGGGGGCAGGAACAGAGAUUGGACUGAACAUGGACACAGGUCUGCCGGCACAGGAUAAGAGCAAGGAUUUGUAUUGGUUUUAG